AUGCAGCGGGCGCCGAGAGGGCUUGACAUCCCGCAAGGGACAGCAGGGCAGGAGGCAGCGGCGAUGAAGUGCUUCAGCGAAUUCUUAGCUCUUGCCAACAUGAAUGAGGAGUCAAUUGCUAGUAUUGCGAAGUCGCUGUCUAUUCCUGAUGCUCUACCAAGUCAAAAUGUUUACUCUUUGCUAACCGCCUUCUCCAUUUUCUUGCAAACUAAGCCAAGUGCUCGAGGAGGCCGUCUUGCUAAGGCUACUGCUGUGGGCUAUAUGUCCCAAGUUGUGAACCUGCUCCGAGAGCGGUACCCUCUGUACUUGUCAGACACCAAGCGAAUUGCGAAAAUACGCGACAAAAUGGGUUCAACUAUUGAGGAGCGAAAUUUGCUAGCUGGCGUGCAGACUGGUGAAGCUCCAGGCUGCACGCUCGGCGACUUGCGUGUUCUGGUGCAGGAAACUGCGAUUAAGGGGGUUGGCUCAGGUUAUAAGAGUUUGCAUGACGCUGCUGUACUAACGUUAAUGUGGCACACGUUUGGUCGAGCGAUCGAUACCUGUUUUGCUAGGAAGAGCCAGCUAUCUAUGGCGGCAUCGGGGGAGGUCUUUCUGCAUCUAGCUCGAAUCAAGACUUCGGUGGUUCAAGGCAUCUCAAUUUACAAGGCCGCGACUCACUGGGAGCAGUGUAUGCUGCACGGCCUCGGAAUGCUGUUCGUCGGAGCGUCGGAGCCUUCCAGCUAUGUGUUCCCGCUAGUGCCGCACGCGGCGGCAUCGGAUUUGCCGACCUACAGCCAAGCCGAAGCUAUACUCUACUGGGAGAACCUUGAAGAGAAAGCUGACCCAGAGAACGAGCCACCAACAAAGCGCGUGAGAGGAAGGCCCAACGUGUCCAAGUAUAUUAACGACGUCAACACCAUGGUCUGCGAGCGCCAAGCCCAGGCCUCUGCCCCGCUGCCCCCGACACUCACCGCAGGGCUGAGCAGCCACUCCUUGCGCCGCGGCUCCGCAUCGUAUGCAAACGCCUCACCGCAGCUUGCGAUCCAGUGGAUCUCGACCCGGGGAGCUUGGCUGCUGGACUCGCUCACGAAGGCGUUCGCGUACGUGGGUACCACGACACGCGAGGACCAGAGUGUCGGCAAAGUCCUCGCUGGAUACCGAGACCCGCACCUGCCAUGCGUCACGCCCACGAUUGCCACCUUGAGCGAGCUUCUUCCUGCGCUCGAGUACGCCCAGCUGCUAUCCCUGCGCGGCCAGCUCUUCAAGAACGUCAGCGGCUUCACGGACACCACGCUCAACGUUGACACCUUAGUCCUGGAUGCGGCGCUCGCGUCCCUGCUCAUCCAUCUUGACGACGUCGCGACGGCAGUCCAGUAG